UUAACUGGAAAUUCAUUUCUCGUUAAAACUAUUCCUUUACAGAGAAGUCUUCGCACUCUGUAUCUCUGUGCACCCACUCCACCCCCGAAAACCCUAAUCCCAACCAUGCCGAAGCUCGCCCUCUUCCUAAUCUUGAUCCAUUUCCUCCCAUUUUUAUGCACCUCUUUCUCUCCCGAGAACCCUUCUAGUCGCCGAGUCCUCGUCUUGCUCGACGACCUCGCCCUCAAAUCGUCUCACUCGGUUUACUUCAAGUCCCUCCAGUCCCGUGGGUUCGAGCUCGAUUUCAAGCUCGCUGAUGACCCCAAGAUCGGACUGCAGCGUUACGGCCAGUAUCUAUACGACGGCCUAAUCUUGUUUUGCCCCACGACCGAGCGUUUUGGAGGAUCCAUUGAUUUGGCCGCAAUACUGGAUUUUGUUGAUUCUGGUCAUGAUUUAAUUAUUGCGGCUGAUAAUAAUGCAUCGGAUCUAAUAAGAGAAAUUGCCACUGAGUGUGGAGUUGAUUUUGAUGAGGACCCGGCGGCUAUGGUUAUUGAUCACACGAGCUAUGCAGUUUCAGAAACUGAAGGAGACCAUACUUUGAUUGCUAGUGAUGAUUUCAUCAAGUCUAAUGUACUUUUGGGAAGUGAGAAAAUUGAGGCUCCUGUACUUUUCCAAGGAAUUGGCCAUUCUUUAAGUCCUGCCAAUAGCCUGGUGCUGAAAGUUCUCUCCGCUUCUCCUUCAGCAUAUUCCGCUAAUCCAAAGUCCAAGCUGUCAAGUCCUCCAUCACUCACUGGAUCUGCUAUCUCUUUAGUUUCUAUCUUGCAGGCCAGAAACAAUGCUCGGAUUUUAAUCUCUGGCUCAUUGGUUAUGUUCAGCAAUCGAUUCUUCAGAUCUGGGGUGCAGAAAGCUGGGACUCCAACUAAACAUGAGAAGUCGGGUAAUGAGCAGUUUUUGACCGAACUUAGCAAAUGGGUUUUCCAUGAAAGAGGACAUCUCAAGGCUGUGAAUAUACAACACCAUAAAGAUGGGGAGGCUGAUGAACCGUCCAUGUAUAGGAUCAAUGAUGACUUGGUAUAUUCGGUUGAGAUUUAUGAGUGGUCUGGUAGAAGUUGGGAACCAUAUGUAGCUGAUGACGUUCAGGUGCAGUUUUACAUGAUGAGUCCCUAUGUUCUGAAGAAUUUAUCCACUGACAAGAAGGGCCGUUAUUUUACAGCAUUCAAGGUUCCAGAUGUUUAUGGGGUUUUCCAGUUCAAGGUUGAGUACCAAAGGCUUGGAUACACAAGCUUAUCCCUGUCAAAGCAGAUUCCAGUCCGGCCCUAUAGGCACAAUGAAUAUGAAAGGUUUAUACCUGCGGCUUAUCCCUAUUAUGGGGCAGCAUUUUCAAUGAUGGCAGGUUUCUUCAUAUUCACUGCGGUCCACCUGUACAACAAGUAGCUGUAGAACCAUUGCAUAUGGAGAAAAUGUACCAUUGGGAUAGAGCCCAAUUUUUGGAUUGGAAAUUUUGAUCCAGCAAUGAAUCACGUGGAAUGUUUAUUAUAUAAUGGACACGUAAAUUGAUAGUUGGUCAAAGAAAAUGCAAUUUGCCAUCAGAUACAUCAGUUUAUUUGUUACUGUAGUUGAAGUCAGUUUUAUUAACUCAAUUGCGUAUUUUCAAGGAAGUCUGAAUAUGAUAUUUGACCAAUGGAAAAUCUACUGACACUGAAAUUGCAGUCAUUAGAGCAUAACCAUGAA